CAUAUCAUUUUGCCUCCUAAUCAUCAACCAACAACUCCUCCUUUUUACUUGCAAAAAACUAUAAAUAAUAUAUUACCCAAAAGUUCAAAACUAUACACACGAUAAAAAAAAUAAAACUAUCCAUACACUAGACUAUGCAAACUCAAUUUUCUGAUCCCUACCCAUUUGAUAAGCAUGAAUCCUUUUCGCCGUCCGAUUCCACCACCAGUCGUCGCGCUGUUCAUUCUGACGAAGAAGUGCUGUUAGCCACGAGCUAUCCGAAGAAGCGAGCUGGGCGGAGAGUGUUCAAGGAGACUCGACAUCCUGUCUUUAGAGGCGUUAGGAAUAGGAAUAAUGACAAGUGGGUCUGCGAGCUACGUGAGCCAAAUAAGAAAUCAAGAAUAUGGCUUGGUACUUAUCCUACUCCUGAAAUGGCAGCUAGAGCACACGACGUUGCUGCAUUGGCUCUUAGAGGAAAAUCUGCUUGCCUUAACUUUGCUGACUCUGCUUGGAGGUUGCCUGUGCCUGUUUCUACAGACCCUAAUGAUAUCAGGAGAGCUGCACAUGAAGCCGCGGAGUUGUUCAGGCCUCAAGAAUUUGGAGGCCAAGUGACAAGAAAGUUCGGGUCGGUUGUGGAGCAGGAUGCUGGUGAAGCUUCAAGCAGUGAUUCGAAACAAGAAGUAUCAUAUAUCGAUGAAGAAGAUUUUCUUGACAUGCCAGGAUUGCUUGCACGUAUGGCAGAAAGGCCUUUACUUUCACCUCCGCAUUAUGCAAGGAAUGAUGGUAUGGAACUGGGUGAUCACUUGGAAGCUGAUAUUGAUGUGUCUUUAUGGAGUUAUUCUGUUUGACAUAUAUGUGCUAUAGAGAAGAUGACUGGAUGUAUACUUUUUUCACUACGAACUGGUUAUAUUUUGUAGCUUUCUUGAUUUUUUGCUUUUUUCUGUACCAUCUAUAUUUGUAAGAUGGUACAGAAUUAGCAGCUAGGGAUAGACAAGAUGUUCAAUUAAUUCAUUCAUUAGAAUUAAUCAAUUCCUGCACUGUAAAUAUCAUUUCUUUUGUCACAUGAAAAUCACGUAAACUUACCACUCUGCUA